ACGACCCCAAGUAUAGAGUGUUACAUUUGGAAAAGCCCACGCAAAUCAAGCAUCUCUUUUUUUUAUAGAUAUGUGGACUCGUGACAACAUAAUUACAUUCGUCACAGUCUUUCAGCAAAACCUUUCACUGAGACACAAAGAAAUAAAUAAAUUAAGUUGGUUUUAAGCCAAGCCAACAAUUCACAAUGUUUUUAUAUAACUGGCAACCAUAUAAAGUGUGUCAUUUGAGAGCCAAAAGACAGUUGUGGCUUGUGCCUUAUGGUGAUCAUUAAAUAAUGAUUGAAUUAAAAGUGCUUUUGUUUUACAAUAUACUGCUAAUUUGGAUUGUGCAAGGAGACUGCAGUGUAUCAUUUCCAGUUUUGAAAAACAAUGAGCUCAUUGAAGCCCAAUCGCUAGCCAGAAUUGUGAACAGACCAAUCAACAAACUGGGCCCAGAAGAAGGCCAUGUAAAUGAUAUUACUCGUGCAUCAAAUAUUGAUAGAAAGUAUCCAUCGGAUGCAUCUCAAGAGGGUGUUAGUGAAGAACCAAAAAUCAACGAAAUGCCUCCUUUAGUAACCAGUAAUGGACAUGCAACCUACAUGAGCAGUCAGUCGACCCACUCAAGCCAAUUUUCAGUGCAAAUGCAAAGUCCACUGGUUACCCAGCAUAUUCAUUACCAUUAUCUGGUUCCCAAUGUUCCCUCAAGUGCCCCCAUAAAUUAUGCAUCCCAAUCGGCUUCGAACGCCCACAACGAAAAAACACAGAAUACAUAUUCGCCGACUUUUGAUUCCACGCAUAGGAAUGUACUUUAUGGAAACGAGGGCCAAAGUCCAGUGUACCGGCCCACAACAACUAAUGGAUACUCUUCCGACCCUACAGAUGAGUACCAGGUACAGGCAUCAGAAAAUAAUUCUGUAUACGCACCGGUGGCAAGUCACCAGGGAGAACUGCCUAAAGGGGAAGAUCAAAGACGCGUAGAGGCUGCCCCAAUCCAAACAAAUCCCCCGGAAGUGUACUUCAUACAAUACAAGGGCAAUAAAGAUCCACAGCCUACCAGUACACCUCUGCCAUAUAACCACAAGGAGUCGUCAGAUGCUACUUUUGAUGGGAGUGGCCUCAUAGAUAUCAGAUCCGGAAAAGACGAAAAUACCACAAACAGUCCCAUCGAAGAUCCAGAAUCCAGUAGUGUUCGGGUAUACUCUGCGUAUGAUGUUCCGCUGUGUUGA